AUGCUGCCCCGACCGGCUGAGACCAUAUCGUAUACUUCGAUUUUUGAUGGUACCAAGAGAAUUCUAGACAAGGAGGCGCAUUCAUACGGCGAUUGUAGGAAAGUUAAUGAGUUCGAGAAAAUUAACCGAGUAGGUGAAGGUACCUAUGGAGUGGUAUACAGAGCUCGGGACACGGUUUCCGGCAGAAUAGUGGCUUUAAAACAAGUGAGAGUAAGUGACACACCUUCAAAUGGAAUAUCAGAGUCUGCUUUGCGAGAGAUUACACUCCUACAAAAGCUGCGACAUCAGAAUAUAGUUGAUCUCAGAGAAGUUGCAGUAUCGCGAAGUUAUAAAGGAAUGUUCUUAGUGAUGGAAUUUUGUGAACAAGAUCUGGCCUCUUUGCUUGACACCUUAUCCGCUCCCUUCACCCCUGGUCAAAUCAAAUGUCUGGUACAACAACUAUUCGCAGCGUUGAACUUCAUGCAUUCUAACUUCGUUCUACAUCGAGAUUUAAAAGUUUCGAACCUCCUAUUAACAGACGCCGGUGUGUUGAAAGUUGCCGACUUUGGGUUAGCUAGAAUUUUUGGUGAUGAGGGAAUGUACAUGACUCCUCGUGUAGUUACUUUAUGGUAUCGAUGUCCUGAACUUCUCUUCGGAGCUAAAACUCAAACUACAGCUAUUGAUAUAUGGUCAGCAGGAUGUAUUUUUGCUGAGCUAUUACUAGGAAGACCUUUCUUGCCUGGAAAAGGGGAUAUAGAUCAAAUCGAAAAAAUCAUCCAGCUACUGGGUACCCCAACAACCAAGAUUUGGCCUGAACUAGAAGAUAUGCCCGAUUUACAGAAUUUCAGUUUACGAUCUCAACCUUACAAUAAAUUAAAGACUGUUUUCGAAAGUGCUACUCAAGCAACCCUUGACCUUCUCAAUGGACUUUUUGCUUAUGAUCCCAAAAGAAGGUUAACUGCUCAGAAAGUUUUAGAACAUGAAUAUUUCAAAGAAUAUCCUUUGCCUUGCGAACCAGAUAUGAUGCCAUUCCGUACUACAUAA